UAUGCAGUCUACAGCGAGAAUUGUUCUGUCCAUCUUCGUGUUAGUCUCCGUUGCCACUACAGCAUCCACGAGCAGUGCGAAGCUACGACGGGACGGGGUUCUAAACUUGUAUCCCUUCCCAAGGGUCGGAAGAGCCCACCACACCUGGCAGGUGCCUGUUAACGACCAGUAUUUAGAUUCCGAGCCGGCUUCAAAGCGUCAACUGUACGCGUUCCCUCGCGUCGGCCGAGGCGGCUACGGUUAUACUGACCAGUCUAACUUGAACCGCAUCAAUCUACGCUUAGAAGAGCUACUGCUGGGUCAGCAGCUACUGGGUCAGCCGCGGAGUAACGACUACGUAAAGAGGGAAAGCGAGAACACCAAUACUGGAAUGUGGUUCGGACCCCGUGUCGGCAGAUCGUUCAAUAAUGAUGAUGUUAUUAACCGCGAAGAGGAAAAAGAUAACGAUUCCGAUGAGUCAGCUGAGCGCAUCGAAAGAAAAAAAAGACAAACGAAACGAGCGUAAUUCCAAUACCCUGAUGUCGCUGCAAUACUUAUACUCCACGAAAUAUUAAUUUUAAAUGC